AUGAACUAAUUUGAGAUCGAGACAAAAAAAUUUAUCGAUGAAUUAAAAAAUGGAGUUAGUAACAUCUUAGUAUAUUUGUGUAUAUAAUGUUUAGGUAGCCAUUAGAGUUAGACCUUUAAGUUAAAAGGAGAAGAGUCUAUCAGAAUUUGAGACAAUUAAAAUUUUGGAUAAUAAAAUGAUUGUUCUUAUGGAUCCGGAAUAAGAAAGAGAUGAGGAUGUAUUGCGAUAGAUUACAAUAGUUAUUAAGAAAAAAUAGACUUAAAGAAACUAAUUUUGCAUUUGAUUUUGUUUUUGAUUAAUGGGCUUCUUAAUAAAUGAUUUAUGAAAAUACUACUGAAUUUCUGUUAGAAGGAGUGUUUGAAGGUUAUAAUACAACAGUAUUUUGCUAUGGAGCAACAGGAUCAGGAAAAACGUUUACGUAAAUUUAAUCUAUAAUUAUUAGAAUGAUAGGUACUCAACUGGAAGUAGGAUUGAUGCCAAGAGCAUUAUAACAACUAUUUAAUUUUUCAAUAUAAGAUCGAUUUAAAAAUACUUAGUUUAAAGUUUGUUAUGUGGAGAUUUACAACGAAAACAUAAGAGAUCUGCUAACAUCCGAAGAUAAAAAUUUAGAAAUAAGAGAAGAUAAAAAUAAUGGCAUAUAAAUAGCAGGUGUUACAGAAGUAGAAGUGAAAACAGUUUCAGAAGUUUUGGCACUUUUAAAAGUGGGCAACAAAAAUCGUUCUAAAGAGGCUACUGAUGCAAACAAAGAAUCUUCAAGAUCUCAUGCUAUUUUGUAACUGUAGGUUGAAAGCAAAGAUAGAGCUGCUGGAUUACAUGAAUAAAUUAUAUAAAGUAAAUUUAGCUUAGUAGACUUGGCUGGUAGUGAAAGAGCAGCCAAUACAAAUAACAAAGGAUAAAGGAUGAUUGAAGGAGCUAACAUAAACAAGUCUUUAUUAGUGUUAGGCAAUUGUAUUUAAUCCCUAUCAGAAGCAAAUGAAAAAGGUAUAAAAAACCCAUUUAUACCAUUUCGUAAUUCAAAACUUACACGUCUACUCAAGGAUUCUUUGGGAGGAAAUUGUCGUACUGUCAUGAUCUCUAAUGUUACUUCUGCUGUUAGUUGUUUUGAAGAAACUUAUAAUACUUUAGUUUAUGCUAAUAGAGCUAAAAAUAUAAAAACAGUUGCUAACCGAAAUGUCUUAAUGGCAUAAAAUCAUAUAAGCAAUUAUGCUUAAUUGAUUUAAAAUUUAAGAUAAGAAAAUGAGGAAUUAAAAUUGUUAAUUCAAUAACAACAAUAUAGUCAAAAUACUAAAUAGUUAAGUAUUAUUUGAAAUACAAAUCUUAGAACUACCAUCGAUAAACUAAAAGAAUCAUCCAGUUCCUCAAUUAAGUUUAAAAUAAUAGGCAAAAUAAUUAGAAUCUAUUAUUAACCAAAAUAUUGAAGAUAUUACUGAAACAAAAAAUAAAAUAUAUGAAAUGGAGGAGUAAUUAAAUCAUUUUUAAUAAAAUAUUGGGUUUCUAUAAUUUUAAAAAGGAAGAACACAGGACAAAUUUGAAUAAAUGAGAUUGCAGGAGAGAAUGGAUAAUGCAAAAACUUAAAAAGCUAUAAUCAAAAGAAGUUAAGAUGAUUUGGAAUAGUAAUUAUUAGAAUAUGAGAUGCAAAAGGUUGAUAUUUAAAAAUAAAUUUAAUAAAUUCAGGAUUCUAAUUACAAAAACUAUUUAAAUGGAAUAAUGAAAUAGGGUGAUUUUAAAAUUGUAAAAUAUUAAAUUUAGUUAGGAAACUGUAGAGAUAAAAAUUUUAGAAAAGAAAAGGAAGUAUUAGGAAUAAAUUUAGGAUGAAUAAGUCAAAUAAUUAAGAACAUAGAUAAAUAAAUAAUAAGCUAAAAUUGUUUAAAGUACUAAAUAAAAAUCAAAUGGUUCUAAAAAAAGUAUCCUAAUAACUCUAAUAUUUUUUAAGUACCAAGCUUGCCUGGAGUGGAUUCUCCUUACUAUUAAUUAUAAGGUGGGUAAACUUAUAGUAUUUAGAGGUAAACUAUGUUUAUAAAUAGAUAUUCAAAAAAUAAAUCGCAUUUAAAACUGCCACCAGUAGUUUAUAUUAACUAAGUAAGCAAAUCUCCAAACACACAACAUGCAAGUAGUAUUAUUUUAUAUUUAAUUAGAUAAAAUGAAUGAUCCAAUGAAAUAUAGGGUAGCAUAGAAAUAUUCCUCUAGUUUGAAUCGCCCUCCUUCUUUUCAUCCUCCAAGUUCCAACAGUAAAUCUGAAAAAGGGAAAUAUAUAAAUCGUUCACUGGAUUUAGGAUCAGGUAGAGACAGUAUUAAUAAGAAUAAUGGAGAUCUGCAGAAUGAUAUAAGUUUGAGAAAACUUCAUAGACUUAGAUAAGAAUACUAAUAAUAAAGAUUUGAAAAGGCUAUGAAUAAUAAAUCUAAUUAAAAAUCAGUUCCUUCUUUUGGUAGUAAAAUUUUACUUCCAGGAAUGAUUCAUAUGUCCCCUUAUGUUAGAAACUUUUAAAAUAAUAUUGAACCAAUUGAAUUAAAAAAAGAGAGACUUAAAAUGUUGAAUACAAAUCAAAAGGGCCAAGUAGGUGAUAAAUUUUAACUUUAUAUUUGA